AGCACAUGACAAGUGUGAUACAUGGCCGUAUUUCAAUAGAUACUGGCAACAAACUCAACCUUUCUGCUCUGGAAGUUGUGCAAACACCUUUUCAAAAGGAUUGAGAAUAAUGGAGAAAUCUUAAGAGGGCAAUUUGGAAUUAAUCAUUGAUUUGUGGGCUUUUGUACCACUUUGCGUGAAGGAUUGCUGGGAACUGCUGCGGCUCUCUGAGGCUGUGCAGCUGACAACUUUUCACCCUUGAGGGAGAAGGCAGUUUAGAGGUUUACCGUGUGAACCAAGUGUUCGUUUUGGUAGAUAGUUUGACACAAGUGAGAUAAACCAAACCAGAGUGAAAAAAAAUAUGAAUCCAAUAGUGGAAGCGUUGGCUUGUUUUCUGGGCUUUCUGGGCUGGCUGAUGGUUGGGGUUGCCCUUCCACAUCGAUACUGGAGGGAAUCCACGGUGGACGGUAACGUUAUCACCACAUCUACCAUCUAUGAAAAUUUAUGGAUGUCCUGUGCAACUGACUCAACAGGAGUUCACAACUGCCGGGAUUUCCCAUCUUUGCUGGCACUAAAUGGGUACAUUCAGGCCUCCCGAGCUCUGAUGAUUGCUUCAAUUGUGUUUGGGGCAUUCGGACUUGCUGCUACGCUGGUGGGAAUGCAGUGCUCCAAAGUAUGUGGAGAAAACUACAUUCUGAAGGGGAGGGUCGCAGCAAUUGGAGGCGUAUUCUUUUUACUUCAAGGGAUUUGUACCAUGAUUGCUAUCUCUUGGUAUGCAGCCAACAUCACACAGCAGUUCUUUGACCAGCUGUAUGCAGGGACAAAGUACGAGAUCGGACAAGCCCUGUACAUUGGCUGGUCUUCAGCCGUUCUUGCCAUUUGUGGAGGAUCGUGUCUGCUGUUUUCCUGCAGAAGCAGUGUUCCCAGGGAGAAGAUUGCCUACCCAUACCAGCCGAGCUCCAGAGGACACAUUCUGUCAACUGUGGGCACAUCCCAAACGGCUCCGAGUAACUACGACAGAAACGCUUACGUCUGAGAGCUGUCAGCAGCUCACCGAGUCCUCAAUCAAAACUGGUUGUGAAUUAAGGGUUAAUGAAGAGCUAAGUGUUGUAGAUAAUAAUUAGUAAAACACAUUGAUUGUAUUUAGAAAAUGUUUUUUUUUUUAGCAUUAUAAACCUAAUGACAUUAAUUUUGCUGGUUACACAUUUCUAAUGUUAAAACUAUGACCUUUCUUUGAUGAGCCUGGGGUUGUUACAGCAUUGAAGAUUAAAAGCACCUUUUUUACUUUGAACUAAAAAUACACACUUUACAGUACAAAUUAAUCAUUUUUAUAUUUCUGAACGUUUUCCAUUUGUCUGAUAAUUGUUUUAACAUAUAUUUUUAUGUUGUACUCAAAACUGUUGAAGAAUUUUUUUCCCCCAAUAAAGAUCUUUCUUUUAUGCUUUUAAA